ACAUUUGCAAACUGUCAAAGUCAGUUGUCAAUUUUUUCUCAGAAGGUUUUGUUGUUUUUCUGGAAAAAUUGCAGUUUUACCGUGAAAAUGCGGACGACACUCAUCAGAACUGUUAAGAUGGGGCCUUCAGUGAAGGAACUACGGCUGCAUCUCUGUCAGACCGGAGCAGAAUCCAAGGGAGCUAGGGAAUUUGUCCAGAAUCACUACACAAAAUUAAAGCAGGAGAACCCUAAACUACCCAUCUUGAUCCGCGAAUGCAGUGGAGUGCAGCCAAGACUCUGGGCGAGAUACGAUCUGGGCCAGGAGGCCUCGGUAGCGCUUACAAAUCUCAAAGCUGAUGAUGUCCUCAAACAGGUGGAAGCAAUAGGACGCAAGUAAAGGAAAUAGUAAACUAGUCUUGUAAAUAACUAGAGAGAGUUUGUCACAGAAAAAUAUAUUUCUUUGAUCAUC